AUGGAGGAACACCAAGAGGAAUACGAUGACCAGAAAAUGGAGGAGUUGAGGGAAAAGUAUCCAAACUAUAAAGAAAUGGAUAUAGAAACUUUAGAUGACGAAUUACCAUACCUUGACAAGGAUCUUAGGGAAAGCGAAACUACUGAGGAGACCCAGGAUAUUAACGAGGAAAUUAAUUACGUACGAGAACUAAGGAGAAAAACACUGAACGGAGACCUUACGCAAGAACAAUUAGCUGAGAAAUUCCCUGACCUAUAUAAUCUGUCAUACGAUGAUUUAAUGGAUAGGGGAGACAGACUUUUAAAUGAAUUAAUACUAUCCAAUUUGGAUGAAGACAGUUUUAAAGAAAAGUCGGAAGAACUGAGAUACGUCAGAAUGCUAUCAAAUGAUUACCAAAGAGA